UCCUGAGAUGAAAUCAUAAAUUACAUUUAAUUAAUUUGAUUUAUAAAUAAAUUUCAUUCAAUUUUCAUUUAUCCCUUUGAUUGUAAUUACCUCAAAAUACCUUAAAACCUUUGUUGUUGUUCAAUUUCAAAAAAUCAUUUUGCCUUUUCUGUUUUUUAUCUUUCAUUGUCUAGAUGCUGAUACUGGCAAAUAUUUAAUUCUCUUUUUGUAAAUUUGCUCCACUUCACCGUCUUACGAUGAAGAUUGAUAGGGCCAAGUUAAAGAAAAGCUCAUCAGAAGUGCCACCAGAUUGUAAGUUACUUGUUGAGAAAAUUCGAGGAUCAAAUGAGAAGGAACUCCUCGAAUUACUCAAAAACAUCAAAACCUGGAAUUAUGGCAAGUGUGAGCUUUAUCAUUGGAUCGAUGUUCUCGAUCUGUUUGAUUCAAUAUUGGCAAAAUGCUGUCACAAGGAGCGGGACACUCAAUGGACCUUACCUGUUGAUCUCCCUAAUAAUUCGCUGAAGGAACUUUGUAUUCCUAUUCUUCAAUUUACUGCUCUUUUGAUAGAACACAGCUUCUCCAAACAUGUCUAUAAUUCUAUGGAGCAUUUAACAACGCUCCUCUCCUCGAGUGAUAUGCAAAUCGUUUUGUCUGUUCUCAACUUGCUUUAUGUGUUCAGCAAACGAUCUAAUUUCAUUACACGUUCGAGUCCAGACCGAAGGAAAGCCCUCCUUACUCGUUUAAAUUACUUAGCGGAGAGUUGGGGUGGCAAGGAAAAUGGUUUUGGUUUGGCAGAUUGCUGUCAAGAUUUCAAAAUGUCCUUUUAUCCUCCAAGUGCCACUACCCUUCACUUUGAGUACUAUUGUGACGAAAGUGGUUCACUUUGUACAACUGGCAAUAAAAAGUCAUCUAGCAGUUUAAAUACCAUUCAUAAAGAUAAUGUGGAUCAGAUUAAAGAUAAAACCAUAGCGCAAGUUAUGGAGGAAUUACUUGAAACACAUAAUGUCCCCAAAGAGAAACAAAUGCUUCUAUUCACACAUCUGCGUUUGGCUCACAAUUUUUCCAACUACCGCAAGAGAUUGCAAUGUGUACAAGCGCGUCUUCAAGCUCUCUCUAUCAUAGUCCACAGUAACGCAAUGUCAAUGUUUGAUAAUUCAAAUAACAUUCUCUAUAAUGGGUUCAUCGAGGAAUUAGUUGAUGUAUUAGAGUUGGACGAGCCGAAAUUAUUAGACAUUAAAGCUGCAGCAUUGCGUACAUUAACAUCUGUAAUUCACCUCGAUCACACUACUCAACUAAACACAAUUAUUGAUGCCACUGGUGCUGCAUCUUAUCACGGCUUCUUACCGACUCUCGUUAGAAGCUGUAUUCAAGCACUUAUUGACGAUAACACCACUUUGUUUCCUCUUUCUCUCGCUACCGCCUUGUUCUCCUUCUUAUACCACCUUGCCAGCUAUGAAAAUGGUGGUGAAGCAUUGGUUUCCUGUGGUAUGAUUGAAUCACUUCUCAAAGUAGUAAGCUGGACUGGCAGUGACCCGGAGCAUAUUACAUUUGUAACUCGUGCCGUUCGCGUUAUUGACUUGAUUACAAAUUUAGAUAUGAAUGCUUUUCAAAAUCACGGAGGACUCAGUGUUCUCAUUAACAGAUUAGAAUAUGAAGUAGAUAUCUGCCGUAAAGAGUGUCCAUUUGAAAUUGAUGCUGGAAAUAAUCGUCGAGAAUCUCAAGAUGGAAUUCUUACUGAUCCAUCACAAAGUUUAAUUGAUCCAGCAUCAAGCGAAAAACCUUCAGGGUCUAACACGAUGGAAAUUGAUAAUGGUAAAUCUGGUCAAAAUAUUUCGACAAUGUCUUACAACAGAGAUCUUCAAAUUUAUCCUCAAAGAGCCGCUGUUCUGAAGUCAAUGUUUAAUUUUCUUAAAAAGGCAAUUCAGGAUUCAUCUUUUUCUGAUAGUAUUCGUCAUUUAAUGGAUGGUCCUUUACCUAAAUGUCUCCGACACAUCAUAAGCAAUGCUGAAUAUUAUGGUCCAUAUUUAUUCAUGCUAGCCACAGAUGUUGUAACUGUUUAUGUUUUUCAAGAGCCUUCUUUACUUUCUUCUUUGCAAGAAAGUGGACUGACAGAUGUCGUUCUGCAAGCUCUGCUUGUCAAAGAAAUUCCUGCUACUAGAGAGGUCAUUGCAAGUCUACCAAAUGUUUUCAGUGCUUUGUGUUUAAAUACUAGAGGUUUGGAAGCAUUCACUCCUCUGAAACCUUUCGAAAAAAUAUUUAAAUUACUACUAUCACCUGAUUAUUUGCCUGCUAUGAGACGCAGAAGAAGCAAUGAUCCUAUGGUCGAUACCGCCUCCAAUCUUGGCAGUGCCAUGGAUGAACUUAUGCGACAUCAGCCAAGUUUGAGAGCUGAGGCAACUAGUGCGAUCAUAAAGUUGCUCAAACAACUAUGUGAACUUGGAUCUGAUCCAAAUUUUGUCUGUUCUAAGCCUGCUGCUAAAGGUCCUGAAUCUAAUCCCGGCCAAAAUGACAGUAUAAGACCUGUGAUGCCCGGAGGAAGUGCGGAAGCUGGCUCGUCUGAUGAAGAAGACGAAGAAGAUGAAGAAACCACCACAGCCGCUCCCCCUGGUUCUCUUAUCCCUACUAAACCUGUACAGGAACUAGCUAGUACAUCAUCAGCUCCUCCUAAUAACAACAAGCAACCAGUUCCAUUAGUCGAUUAUAUUUUACAUGUAAUGCGUUUAAUCGACGCAAUUCUCUCGAAUAAUUCCACAGAUGACCAUUGUAGGGAAUUUGUUAAACAGAAAGGGUUGGAACCCUUGUUGAACAUUUUACGAUUACCAAACCUUCCAAUUGACUUCCCAUUAACACCUGCUUGUCUUGCAGUCUCAAGUGUUUGUAAAUCUCUUCAAGUUCUCACUUACGAACGUGAAGUCUUGAAAUUAGGACUGACAAAUUUGAAUGAAGUUCUAAUCAGCCUUAAACCCUUGCAUCAACCUCUUCCUGCCCCUGGAGGCUCUGUACUAUUGGAAGAACUUGUCCAAGCAACCAGCAAGGCUCAAGGUACUGGAUGUGAUCCUCUCCAAUCAGCCAGUUUGACACCUCUUUUACACCAUAUGUCAGCAGCUCAUGCUUACAUCAUAAUGUUUGUACAUGUAUGUAGGACAGGUCAACCUGAGAUUCGUAAUCUUACUGUUACUCAUUGGGGCUCAGACAUUGGACUUAACGUGUUGCGAGGUUUGAGUCAAUUGUACACUUCUCUGGUGUGGGAAAGCACAGUUCUUCUUGCUUUAUGUUCUGACUCGACUGCAACAGCUACCUGGAAAUUCGGUCGUCACCAAGUUGAAAAGCUUGCAUCUCUCACUAAAGAAGGGGAUGCCUCACCCACCGGACGUAAUUAUGACGAAAAUAAAAUGGAAAUUGAAGAAUCUUGUGAUGGUCUCAAUGGUGAUGCUGAAAGCAGCAAAAAGAAAGACGCUAAAUCUAAAACAGGACCUCAAAUGAAACAGAUAAAACCACUAUUAUCAAGCGCUUCUCGUCUCGGUCGUGCUCUUGCCGAACUUUUCGGAUUACUGGUGAAACUUUGUGUUAACUCUCCAUUGAGACACCGACGUAAUCAUCAUUCCAUACCAAGCAUACCUGUUGCACCAUUUCCUGCUGCACGUUCGGUUGCUACUCAUUUAACUAAAUUGCUUGCCAAAGGUCUUUCAUGGACUCCACCACCGACUUCACCCAUUCCAAAAUUCAGGCUAACUUUUUAUACAUGCUCUGUUGGAUUUACUUCGCCCAUGCUGUUUGACGAACGCAAAUUUCCUUAUCACCUAAUGCUGCAAAAGUUUGUUCAGUGUGGAGGUCAGGAUGCUUUCUUUGAUACUUUCCACUGGGCCUUAACUCAAGGAGGCAAGGUCCCAAUCGAAGAAGGUUUAGAACACCCUAAUGUUCCUGAUGGAACUGGCGAGUUUCUAGAUUCUUGGCUAAUGUUAUUAGAAAAAAUGGUUAAUCCAAAAAUGGUUCUUGAAUCACCACACACAAUGGUAACUAAAACUACUCAACCUAAUUUUGUACCAUUCGAUCCGGUUGAAUAUUUAAUCAAGACACACAAAAAAGCAUUCGAAUGUGUUAUGCAUUUGUGGAACAAAAAACCUUUAAAAGUUUAUGGUGAAAGAAUGUCAGAAUCUGUUCUUGCCAUCUUCUGUCAUCUUCUGAAAGGAGAAACAAUUAUCCAAGAAAAACUUUCGAAAGAAAAAGAACCGGAAGUUAAAGAAAGUACCAGUGCUCCGAUGCCUACAGUCACUGUCAGAGCCACUCGAAGAAAUGAACUUGAAGAGCAGGGUAUCAGUACCGAACACUUACAGCAGCUCAUGGACAUGGGAUUCGCACGUGAACUCGCACUCGAAGCUCUUGUUCAUGCUAAUUCUCUUGAACAAGCAACUGAUUAUUUGCUAAGCCAUCCAUCGCUCACUCGUUCUGGUGGAACAGAUUGGGAAAUGUCAGAAGAGGACCAAAUGAUCAGAGCUAUUGCAAUGUCUCUUGACGAAAAUGCUACCCCAGAAGGUUCUGCAGAAGGGACAUCCAAAGAAACGCCCGAAAAAGAAAGUGAACCAAUGUCCAAAGAAGUGAUUGAUGAGUUUACAAACGAGUUAUUAGUCGGUUGUCUUAAAUUGUUGGACACUUUGCCAGAAACGGUCUAUAGAGUCUGUGAUUUAUUACUAGCUGUCUGCCAUCGAAAUGGGGAAAAAUGGACUGAACAAAUGUUCAAACAACUGAUAUCAGCUAUCAGCAGUAAUAUUGAUAAACUGUUAGAGAGUGCUCAGCCAAUGACUUCUUCAGACAAACGAAGUAUCUCUGAAUGGGCAUCACAAAUAAGCUCUUUGCCAGAGGCUUUCAAGGCUGCCACACGAAUUCAUCUUUUCUCUCUGCUGUUUGAAGAGAAACGUAAUCAAUGUGCUGCUUUGAUUUCCGAGACCAACCUGAUAAAUAAUUUAGUGCAAUUAUUGGAAUCUGCCCAAAAUGCACUGCUUUUAAUUUCAUCAAACAAAUCAAUCCCUCUUUCUACACCUAAAUGGUUAAGCCCUGCUAUUCUGUUGAUUGACCUGUAUGACAAGUCAGCCAUAGCCUCUGCAAGAAAAGCUCCAUUACUAGCUUUAUCCAGGCGUCAAUGGAAAUGGUUUGAUGAUCGCAGUGGCAAAUGGACAAUGUACACUCUGAAUAAUAACAAGACUAUCGAUGACGCUUAUAAAAAUGGUGAAUCAUUUGUAAGAUUUACUGCAAGUCGCAGAAAGUACACUGUACAGUUUAGCACUAUGGUACAAAUUAAUGAAGAAACUGGCAAUUGGCGACCAAUUAUGUUCAUUUGUGAUGACAAGGCCAUGGAAGUUACAGAAGAAUCUACAUCUUCAUCUAAACCAUCCACAAAUUAUAUCAUUGUUAAAGGACUAGAACCCUACCAGUGUACAGCUUUAGUUAGAGCUUGUACCGGAUUUAUUGGAAUCCCAGUUGACCCUGACACUUUACAUGCAGUUAUGAGACUAGUUUUACGGUUAACCCGUAAUUACGAGCAAGCUGCCAUUUUCGAAGAGCUUGGAGGUGUUAGAAGUAUUUUAAGUUUAACUCAAUCAUCAGCAUUCACUGGAUUUACUUCAUUGGCUACACUAAUUAUCAGACAUGUAAUGGAAGAUCCAAAUACUUUGCGUUAUACCAUGGAGCGUGUGAUCAGAGCAACACUUCACAAUCCUACCAUAAAUUGCAAAGAAAUGCACUAUAUACUUCGAGUUUUGGGUCCAGCUGCCUGUAGAAACAAAGAUCUAUUCUUAGAGAUAACAAAAUCUAUCCUUAGAAUCUCGCUUUAUCCUCAAUCGAAGCGCGAAGAAGAUGAUACUCGUAUGUUGAGUGCUCAAGCAGUUCAAACUCUAAGGCUAUUACCAACAAAACAACCAAAUGCUGUAAACUUGCAAAACAACAUCAUCAAAGAAGUAAUUUACGAUCUUUUGAAUGCCUUAACUGUCAAAACAAAUGGCUGCAUUCAAGAUGACCUGUCAAUAUCUAUUGAAAAAUCAACUUCAACUGGUACUGUUUCGUACUGUCCGGUUUUAGCGAGAGGUAUCGCUCGUGAAUCAUCAUCUUCUGAUUUAGUACAACAAGAUGAUGAUGAAAUAGCUACCUCUGAAGAAGCUACACCUGCUGAUUGCAAAUCAACAGCUGCCAAAGAUGAAGAAUCGGCCAAAAAAUCGAGACCUUUACUUAAUCAAUCUUGCAUUAUGCGUCUCCUGGCUGAACUCAUAAGAUCAUAUCCUCUCGUUGCUAAAUUAAUAGCUGAACACGUUUAUCCUGCUGGACAUAAUGAUUUAAUUACUGAAGAGUGUACUGCUUUAUCUUUCAUUUUGGAUCAUCUUCUACCUAACACACAGAAUGUGGGAGACAAAAAUUGUCCUGCAUUGACUCGUGUCCUGAUUGCAGCUUUAUCUUCAUCUAAUCAUUGCCCUGAUGCUCAAACAACCCUUGUCAAUGAAGUUAAGUCGGCUCUAUAUCGUGCCUUAGCUUUGCCCGAGUCAAAUGAAAAACAUGUCAGAGUUCAGGCCAUUCUUGGUAUUAUCAACACCAUGAUUGAUUCGUGUCCCGCAGUCGCUCAAACACCUCCACCUCAAACUAUUCAAGGAUCGUUCCGUGGUCAGCCAGCUGGUCUCAAUAACAUGGUUAAAAUAAUGUUGAGACGUGGAAUAGUUAAUGAUUUGGCAAGAAUCACGCAUUCAUUAGAUUUCUCUUCGCCUCAUAUGGCACUAACAGUGAAUGCUGCCCUAAAACCACUGGAAACUUUAUCUAAGAUUAUCAAUUUACCGACUUCCAUCUUUACUCAAGCAAAAAGACCUAAAGCUGGUAAUGUUUCAUCUUCAAACACUGAAGCAAUGGAAGAAGAUGCCGUCAAUUCUGGAAGUACUGGUCCUGCAAACAAUCUCGUAAAUGAAACUAAUGAAGAAGCUGCUACAGAGACAACUGGAAAUGUUGAACCUGAAAUUUAUGAUUUGAACAGCAGCGAAAUUACUGACCAACAACGCAAUACUCGAACUUAUGAUGCUGUUGAAGACAAUGCUGACAAUGAAGCUGUUGUUAUUGAAGAAAGCAUUCAUUUCGAUGUGUAUAAUGAUUCUCAUUCUCGAUCUAGCAAUUUAAUCGAUGAAGUUAUUCGCAACGAACAUGAUAAUGCCGCUAUGGAACCAGAAGAAAACCAUGAUAAUGUUAUCAAUUCUAAUGGAGCUGAAUCCGAAUCUGAUGAUGAAUCUGAUAGUGAUGAAGAAGAUGAAGAUGAUGACGAUGACGAUCAAAGUAAUCCAGAUGAAGAAGAACGAGACGAAGAAGAUGAAGAUGAAGACGAAGAUGAUCAUGUAGACGACGAUGACGUCGAAGAUGAUGAAAUAUCUGCUUAUGUUAACCAAGAAGAUAUUGACGACUCUGUUCUUAGGAAUUAUGAUAGAGAUAGUGAACAUCUCGUAUUUGAUAUUGAAGACAUGAUUCCGGCCUCUGUCUUUACAGAAGGCAGUUUAAGAUUAACUACAAUAUUACCUAUGCUCGAAAACGAACAGUUGUCCAACACUGCCGAUGCUACUCAACCAUCUGUUCCUCCAGCUCCAGGUAGUGUUUCAAUUUCUCAUCCAUUACUUGUUCGUCCUGGUGAGAUUGGUGACUCUGUGGGAAUGAAUCCAGCUUCUGCGUCAACCACGGCAAGUAUAUUAGCAUCCAGACCUCACAGGAGCAAUCGCCAACGAAUGUACAGACCCCCUGUUAGUAGCAGCACAGGAGCUGCUCAUCCCAAUUGGACCUCUGGUAUUGCCAAUCGUCAUCCAAAUCCACCCGUUAUAUUGCAGAGACUGUUAGGACCUUCCACGGCUCAGCAAAUUCUUCAAUUAACUUCAGGUACAAGUUCAACCCAUCCUCCCAGGGUCAUCUUUACUAGCAAUGACUUUCAAAUUAUAACCGCUGAUGAAGAUUGGUUAGAUUUUUCUGACUCUGGCUUAGUGGCUGGUGCUGGUUCUUCAUCCGUUUUAGGCUCUAUCCCCUCGGCUAUGCUCAGAUGGACUGAGGAAUCUCGUGUGUUGGAUGGUGAAUCAAUGCAUGACUGUGUCGCUCAACUAAAGAUGAGUAUCAUUGAGGUAUGGGAAAAAUAUCGAGAUGAGGAACUCGCUGAGCGUAAGGAAAAGAGAAAGAAUAUGCUCGAAGAAGAAGAGAAACCCAAGAAAAAGAUGGCUCGUGAUAAAGGCGAAAAGAAUGGUUCUAAAGAAUCCGAGUCGAGACCUCAAACUGAAUCCACUGUUUACGCACACACUGAAAGACUUGCAGCAUCAAUUGUUGAACAGGUAUUAGGCCCAGUAAUGGCUUCAACUAAUCUUACCGGAAGUUCUGAUUCUCAACAACAGGCUGACGAUACCGAAUCUUCGCAGACGAUCUCAAGAUCGGAAGAUCAACCUCCAACAGAUGAUGGAAAUGAGAGAGAAGGUGAGUCUAGAGCUCCAGAGACUGAAGCAGAUAUUGAAGCUCAAGCUGAAACUGAGACUGAAACUGAGGCAGAAGCUGAGGUUGAAGCUGAGGUUGAGGCAAGAGCUGAAGCUGAAACAGAAGCAGAAGGAGAAGGUGAAGGUGAGGUUGAAACGGAAGCCGAGGCUGAGGCAGAGCCAGAUGACGAUGAUCAACCGUCCUCUUUAUCUCCAUCAAACGACACAACGUCAGUUCAAAAUGACAAUGAAAUUACUGAGAUGAUCUGUUCCUUGAGUACUCGUGAGGAAGAAAAUCCACGUCCUAUGGAUAUUGAUGAAAGUCGUAGACAAAGAAAUCCAUGUCCAUCCAGAGAUGAUCCUCCACCACCACCUGAACGUGCUUCUAGCAGUGAUGGACUUGUUGCUACUGGAGCAAUAACACCUGAAGAUUUGUCUACAGCAAACAACAGUAGCAGUGAAUGCAAUGCUGCUCCAACUAUCAGUGAAACAACAACUCAAUCUGAGCUCAGAGGCAAUAGUGCAUUACAAGCUCCAGAACCUGGCAAUACUGUCGAGGUUGCUAAUGGUGGCGCUAAUGCAAAUGCUUCCACCUCUACCAACAAUUCCCAACCUGUUGGCUCUUCAAGUGCUUCCUCGAAUGACAACUCUGUGCUGCAAAAUCUUCUUGGAGAUACUGAGUUGCCAGAAGGAGUUGAUCCUUCAUUCCUUGCUGCUUUACCUGAAAAUAUCAGGCAAGAAGUCAUUGCUGAACAGUUGAGACUGCAGCGCCUUCAACAACAACGUAACACCGCUACUACAGCUACUGCUGGCCAGCCUUCUGGUUCACAACCUGCCGCACAACCUGCGACAGGAGAAAAUAGUGCCUUGAGUGAAGUGAAUCCCGAAUUUCUUGCGGCUCUACCUCCAAAUAUUCAAGAGGAAGUUCUUGCUCAACAAAGAGCCGAGCAACAACGAUUACAAGCCCAAACUACGAGUCCAGAUGCUCCAGUAGAUCCUGCUGUCUUCAUCCAGACCUUGCCUCCAGGACUUCGUCGUCAAGUCUUAGCCGACAUGGAUGAUAGUCUUUUGGCUCUUCUUCCUCUUGAUUUAGCAUCAGAGGCUCAAAAUCUGCGCCAAGAAUUGGAGGCACGACAUCGUCAAUUUUCCGAGAGGUUCCUUGCAUCUCAUGCGACUACUACACUUUCAAGAAUACUCAGAAGUGCUUCUGGACGAACCCGUUACGCAAUAAGUACAGCUCAGGGUGGAAAUUGGUUGUGGGAUCUUGGAGCUCGCGGUACCAAUCCAUCUAAUUACAGUACUUCAUCAGGUCAUCCUCAUCAAGCACGCCCUCCUUUUCCUCCAGGAAGAUUUAAAGGAAAACAGCUUCUCGAUCACGAAGCACUUUGUUGCCUUCUUAUUUUGUUGUUUGUUGAUGAGCCAAAACUUAAUGUCUGUCGCCUACAACGUGUUUUGAAAAAUCUAUGUCAUCAUAAUGCAACUCGAAUCUGGGUCGUUAAUUCAUUGUUAGCAAUAAUGGAAAAAACGAGAGAUACCAAAGAGUUUGUUGAACAAAAACCUCGUAAAUCUAGUAGUAGUGGAUCCAUACUUAGCAACAAAUCAUCUAAUCAAUCACCGUCGUGGCUCUCCAUUUCUUUGGAUGCUGCUCUUGGUUGUCGAACCAACGUAUUCCAGAUAAUUAAAGGAGGCAGCGGCAAAAAAGGCGCAGGACAAUCGAGUCAUUCAAUCAUUAUCCACCCUCAAGCAGCACCAUUGGUUUGCAGGCACGUUUUAGAUACUCUAAUUUCAUUGGCAAAAAAUUUUACUCAUCCUCUGAGGCCUGAGUCACUCAAAGAAGAACAAAAGUUAUCACAAAGCUCUCAAUCAUCCGAUCAAUGUAAUAAAUCAUGUAAAGACCCAGAUUUUUGGGAAGUGCUUCUUCGACUAGACUCAUCCAAUUCAACUAAAAAAGGUAAAAGUGUGAUAAAAAGCCACGGUUCAAGUCCUUUUCAAUCAAACAACCCAACGUGUGCAAAUGAAAGUGAAUCAACAUCCCAAGAAAAUGAAACUUCUCCUUUGGUGCAAAUUAUUAAUUUAUUGUCACAUCCCGUCGUCAAAAGAAGUUCACUUCUGACGGAUAAACUUUUGCGCCUGCUUUCUUCGGUCGCAAUUUCCUUGACUCCAAAUGAUGGUUCACAAUCUUAUUUCGCACCUUCAUCACAACCCACUGAGCAAGGUGGUUCAUCCCAUGAAAAUUCAUCAGAUAAAUCUAAAGUUAAAACUGAAAAUACAUCAGACAAAAAACUUGUGAUCAAUGAAGAUGCUAUCAAGUUGGCUGUUGAAGUUCUCACAUCCAAAUCCUGUUCAGAAGCCGGACUAGAAGAUGCAACAUCAUUACUUUUACGUCUUUCUCGUAGCUGCCCUGCUACUCGUGACAUCGUUUUAAAUCUUCUGCUUGAAGGUGCUCGUGAAUUAGGUUUUACUGUUAGUCAGCACAUUACCAAACUUAAUGAAGAACUCUCAAAGUUGAAUAUUUCAUCAAAAGAACCUAGUGACGAUAAUAAUGCUGAAUCAAAUGCUGAUAAGAUUCUUAAGGGAAUAAUUCAGGAUAGAUUUACUUCGGCAAGUAUCGUGAUAAAUGCUGCAACGCAUAUCAAACAUACUUCUGCCAGUAAAGAAGUUCAAUUGCCAUCUAUGGCUGCACUCACAUCAAAAACAUCAAGCCAGAGCUUUUUCUUACGGAUUCUGAAAGUCAUUGUCCAGUUGAGAGAAUCCAUUAGAAUGCACAAAAUUCGUUGCCGUUUAACCUCAUCAACUGGAUUCACUCAAACAUCAUCUGAAACUCCCAACACUUCUUCUGCAACAACUGAAGGUGCUUCGUCUGAAAUUCAAGAAGCAGAUGUCGAUGGACAAGAAAGUUUGAGUAGCAAACUAAACUUGCAUACAUUGUGGGAAUGUUUAAGUAAUUGUCUUCUCGAGCUCGCAGAUGCUCCAGAUCACCAUGCUGUUCUUGUAUUACAGCCAGCCGUGGAGGCAUUUUUCCUGGUCCAUGCUUCGGAAAAAGAGCCAAAACGUCGUCGUGAGAAUCGUCAUGAAAGCAGAGAAACGCAGUUGGCUCACGUCAAUCAAGAUCUUUCUGCUCUUUCUCCGAUGGUGGAAAGCAAUUCCACUGAUGCCAAUGCAACUGUAUCUAAUUUGCCAGUUGAUACACAGAAGUUCCUCCAAUUUGCCGAAACCCACAAAGUUGUUUUGAACCAAAUUCUGCGACAAUCAACCACUCCUCUAGCUAAUGGUCCCUUCUCGGUGCUGGUUGAUCAUACCAGAGUGCUAGAUUUUGAUGUAAAGAGACGUUAUUUCAGGCAAGAGCUUGAGAGAAUGGAAAAUGGUGCUCGUCGAGAAGAUUUACCUGUUCACGUUCGUCGUGAACAUGUGUUUGAAGAUUCUUUCAGAGAACUUUAUCGUCGAACAACCGAAGAGUGGAAAAAUAGAUUUUAUAUCGUUUUUGAAGGAGAAGAAGGACAAGAUGCUGGUGGACUUCUUCGAGAAUGGUAUACAAUUAUAUCUAGAGAAAUUUUCAACCCUAUGUAUGCUCUUUUCACCACUUCACCUGGUGAUCGUGUUACAUACAUGAUUAAUUCCGCAUCCCACUGUAAUUCUAAUCAUCUUCAAUACUUCAAAUUUGUGGGAAGAGUCAUCGCUAAAGCUAUCUAUGAUAAUAAAUUACUUGAAUGUUAUUUCACAAGAUCAUUUUAUAAGCAUAUCCUUGGAAAAUUAGUGAAUUAUCACGAUAUGGAAAGUGAAGAUUAUAGUUUUUAUCGAAGUUUAGUUUUUCUACUUGAACAUGAUGUCAAGGAAUUGGAUAUUGAACAAACAUUUAGCCUGGAGGUUCAAGAAUUUGGCGUUACAGAAAUCAGAGAUCUCAAGCCCAAUGGCCGCAACAUCGAGGUGACUGAGGAAAAUAAACACGAAUAUGUUAGACUGGUCUGUCAAGAAAAAAUGACUGGGUCCAUUAGGAAACAAUUAAGCAGUUUCUUGGAAGGAUUCUAUGAAAUAAUUCCUAAACGUCUUAUUUCUAUUUUUAACGAGCAAGAACUGGAACUUUUGAUCUCUGGUCUGCCAAAUAUUGAUAUCGAUGACCUUAAAGCAAACUGUGAAUAUCACAAAUAUCAAGCCAAUUCUUUGCAAAUUCAAUGGUUCUGGCGAGCAUUGAGAUCAUUUGAUCAGGCAGACCGAGCUAAAUUUUUGCAAUUUGUGACUGGAACAUCAAAAGUACCGUUGCAAGGUUUUUCUGCUUUAGAAGGUAUGAAUGGUACUCAGCGAUUCCAAAUUCAUCGUGAUGAUCGAUCAACAGACAGGUUGCCAUCAGCUCACACAUGUUUUAACCAGUUGGAUCUCCCUGCUUACGAAACUUAUGAUAAACUUAAAACCAUGAUGCUGAAAGCCAUCCAUGAGUGCUCCGAAGGAUUUGGUUUUGCAUAGAAUCGUUUCAGGAUUCCGCCUUCCAUGUGAUUACAAGCGAUUGACCCAAGCUAAUUAUGUGAUUUGGAGCUACGAAAUUUUCAGUUUCGAAAAUGAUUUCAAUUUUGUGGAUCUCUCAUAAACUUACGCUUUUCCAAUAAAAUGUGAUUAAUUGUGAUUAAAUAUUUUAAUAAUAAUGAUUCACAAUGUAUCUUUUAUCAAUUAUAAAAGCUAAUUAAUUCAAUUAAACCUUUUAAUAAAAUGUUAGAUGUAAAAAUAUAAA